UGAGAACUUCGGGUUUGGAAAUUGGAAAGGUCGAGAACACUGAAACGAAAGGCCAUCGCAGCGAACAAAAGUACAAAACAAAAAAGGGAGGGAUGGCGGACGUCUUAAUUGGUAUUUCUCAGUCUUCUCUACUUGUGGCACGGCGCAGGGUUGGAUUUCGCUUACAUCGGGAAACCCGCAACAACGGUGGUAGUAACAGCACCAUUUGUUGUUCAAGCCGACGGCUUUCAGAACUGCGAUCUUCUUUGGGAGUUGGGGUCAGAUCGGAGCAAAGACGGUGCAUUUUGGCUGCUUCUGGGGCCGUCUCUUCUGACUCAGUUCAAGCGCCCACCAUAUACUCUUCCCGACCGGAUACUGCUACUGGCGGUGGUGGUGACGGAGACGAAUUGGGUAACAGAGGGGGAGGCGGUGGUGGAGGUGGCGGCGGUGGUGACGGAGACGACGAAGAGCGCGGAGGCGGGUCAGACGAAAACAACAAGAAGAUGGCUGGCAUGUCCAUGUCUCAAAAGUUAACUCUGGCUUAUGCCGCUCUUGUUGGAGUGGGUGGAGCUAUGGGCUACAUGAAGAGUGGCAGCCAGAAGUCACUCCUGGCAGGAGGAGUAUCAGCCUCACUACUGUAUUAUGUUUAUGCUACACUUCCCACAAAGCCUGUUCUUGCAUCAUCCAUAGGCCUUGGCCUGUCUGCUGCACUUUUGGGAGUGAUGGGUACUCGUUUUAAGAAAUCUGGGAAGAUAUUUCCAGCAGGUGUUGUAUCUCUGGUGUCGCUUAUAAUGACUGGUGGCUACUUACAUGGGAUUAUGCGGAGUCUACACUGAAAUGUUUACAAGCGAGACUUUAGUUAUCAGCUGAGGCUGUAUGGUAGUCACCAACUUUGAUCGAAUUAUAUCUCAUCUGGGAACCAGGAUCACUGUUUUUGCUUGUCUUCUGUGUUGUGUAGUACGCAUUGAACUUUUAUUUGGACCACUGUCUGCUGUGUUAGUGUUCCAGUUUUUCUUUUAUUUUUGUUAUUAGAGCUGUUUAUAUGUUCCCUGUACACAUAUUUCUAUACAGAUGCUUCUACUCAA